UGAGCCACCUGGCAAGCCCUGCUUGUGCCGGGCUCUGUGCUAAACCCUUCAUAUGUAUUAUAUGAUUGAAUUCUCACAGCAACCUUAGCAGGUAGCUCCUGUUUUUAGUCUGCAUUAUACUCAAAAUCUGAGUGACUCUCCAGGUCAGUCAGUGGCAGAGCCAGAAACAGAGUCCUCUGCAGAAUCUGAGAGAUGGUGGAGACCCUGCAGAGGACCCCUCUGCACGCUUAUAUAUUUGCCUGACAUUUGCCUGGCUUUUCAAAGGUAUUGAUGUCCCUAUAUCAGCCCAGGUGGCUGAGCCUUAGGACUGGUUCCUGGCACCCAGAUCUGUCCUCUGUCACUUCCAGGGUUGCAACAGAAGCCAACUACUCCUGAGGGCCUCAGUUUUCUCAUCUGUAAAAUAGAAGUCAGAGGGCUAGGCAGGGUAGGUUCAAAAUUCCUUUCCAUUUCUAGCAGCCUGAGCAUCACCACCACCAUCUCCACACUCACCUCCUCCCUCAUUGCCACCCCAUCUUCACCUCCAACUCCACCACCACCUCGUCUUCCGUCAACAUAACAGCCCCCAACGCCUCUCCUGCCCGCAUCUCUCCUCCGCUUUUACUAUAACCCUCGUCACCGUCUCUUCAUUCCGCCCCCUCCACCAUCACCAAACUCUGCUAUCACCUCUACUGUUGCCAUGACCAUCACCUCCACUAUCCCUUCUAUCACACUAUCCAUCCCAUCACUGUCGUCAUCUCAUCCCCUGCAACAUCACUGGCGGUCCUCCCCUUCCAUCAUCAUAAUUGUGGGCGGUUUCCUCUCCACCCCUGCAGUCACCGCUGUCUUCACCUCCCCCAUCACCACCCAAAGACAACCUUUCUACCCCAGGACCCUACUGCAGCCUGGGUCUCUGCCUCUUCAAAUUCCAGCCUCACGGAGACACUGGGCCCAAACUCAGACUAGACCCAGAGACAGUCAAGCGGAGGCGGGAAGCCCAUCCAGGAGAGGGGAAGGGGGCAUCUGUCCACAUGACCUUUUUGCAGGGGGCCACACAGGCCCAUGAGGACACAGAGGGCACUGGUGGCCAGCAAGGAGCUCUGGGCCCAAAACCGAGCAUUUUCUGCCUAAACGAAGUGAGAGCAUCCCUUUCUAAGCAAUCUAGCAGUUCUGGAGGAACUGAGAUUUCAGGGACCGCUUAGCAGACAAGAGUGAGAGUGGGGAAGAGGCAGAAGCAGAGCCCACAGCCAUAUCUACCCGUAUCUGAACCCUGUCACUCGCUCACGCUUCUCAGUGAUUGAUUGGUCCAUCCCUUCAACCAACACUUCCCUAGGUGUGGGAGAGACAAGGCCCUGUGCUGGGUCCUGGCCAAAGAAGUUCCCAGGCCUGUUUUUGACCCUCUCACCAUCUGUUUCCCACUGCUUGGCCUUUCUCCACCCUAGUCCACUUCCCCCAGAAACCCCAAUUGGCUCUUGUGGGUCACAGAGGCAGCUCUCUGUCCUCUCUGAGACUCAAGGGACCUCCCCAGCUCACCAGAUGACCUUGAGAAAGUCCCUCUCCCAAGCCACACCCAGUGAGUCCUGGAGAAGGAAAGCUGAGAGGAGCCCCCGGGCCUGGCGGUGGGGACAGGCGGCACAGUGUCUACAGAAGAGGAGGGGCCAGUGUUGAGGGCGAGAUGUCAAAAGGGGUCCAGUUGCUGGAGCCUGAGCGUCUGGCUCUGGGAUGGGAAGGAUAGAACCAGGAAGGGGGCCGGGCACCCGGGCCUGAAAAUGGGGCAAAGGUGGGGGCCAAGGCAAGCCCUGAGUUGGCAGGGAGUCAGGAAGGUCACAGGAUCAGGGCCAGGACCCCAGUGUCUCCAAGGCCCUGGAGAGGGGGCUGAUCCUUUGAGUUACCUUACCCUCAGGUAUGUCAGCGCCCCUCCCUUGAGUAAGGGCUGGCCAGGCCCAUUGGAAGGAGGGUGAAAACAAAAAGAGAGCUUCCACUAUGCUGGGACCUGUUCUAGGCCCAUGGGCCCACUCCCCACCCUUUCCUCUCCUACCAACACCAUUCCAGGUUCAGCAGCCUAUCCCCAGGGGGUAGGCCACCUUGUCCGACCACCUCUAGGUUGGAAAGUGGGUCCCUGUGCCUUUAAAUUCUCAGCAGGUUGAACCGACUGAUGACAUCACUGGUUCCCGGGGAGCGGAGGAGCUGGAGCUGGAGCCGGGAGGGAACCUGGGGCUGCCUGGGCUGCAGACAUGGAGGGCCGGGGCGUCGGUGGCAGCAGGAGGCCAGGGACCCGGGCUGGCCUGGGCCCCCUGCCCAUGCCCCAUGGGAUUUCACAAACUGGGGCACCCUCCAAGCUCCCAGCGAAGAAGUCAGCCCCAGUGCCCUUGGAACCGCGGUUGGCUCUGACGCCUGUGGGGCCACGAGCAGCAAUUCUGCCUUCCUCAGAGGGCCCAAGGCUGGCUCUGGCGUCUCCCCGACCCAUCUUGGCUCCAGCGGCCACCCCUGGAGGGCAGAAAACAGCUCCUGCCCACCGCCGCUCCGGCCUAGCUCCAGCAUCAGUGGGCCAGUUGGUGAUGUCUGCCUCGGCUGGGCCGAAGCCUCCUCCUGCGACCUCAGGCUCAGUCCUGGCUCCGACGUCCCUGGGGCAGCUCCUGAUGUCUGCCUCAGCUGGGCCAAGGCCUCCCUCAGCUACCCCGGUGCCCAGGCUGGCUCCAUUGUCCAGGGACCAGAAGCAGGUGCCACCUGCCUCCAUGGGACCCAAGCCAGCACUGGCUGCUUCAGGCCUGAGCCUGGCUGUGACAUCUGAGAAACAGCCCCCACAGCCCCCCUCCAGCCCUUCCCCAGGGCCCAGUCCGGUUCUGUCGCCACCUCAGGAACAGGUCCUGGCUCCAGCAUCCGUGACGCCAGCCCUGGCCUCCACAGGAUGGACACCAGCUAAACAGAGGGACGCUCCAGCCCCUAGACCUCCGCCCCAUUCUGAAGGGCAUCUCCCGGCCCCAGCUCAGGCAUCUAGUGCUGUGGGCUCCCCAUCCUUGAUCCAAGCCCCCCCAGAUCCUCGGGUCUCCCCCUCCUUCAGAGCCCGGCCUGAGGUCCCCCGCAGCAGCCCUGAGGAUUCUGUCUUGCCCCGGCCACCCCAGACCCUGCCCCUGGAUGUGGGCCAGGGUCCUCCAGAGCCUAGCACUCGCUCCCCGGGACUUCUGUCCCCCACCUUUCGGCCAGGGGCCGCCUUAGCCCAGACUGUACCCCCACCUCUGCCCAAGCCACCUCGGUCUCCCAGCCGCUCCCCCAGCCGGUCCCCCAACCGGUCCCCAGGUGUCCCCCCAGCUCCUGAGAUGGCCCUCCCCAGGCCUGGCACCCAGGGUGCCGGGCCUGGGGAGCAUCUGAGUCCCAGUCUUCAGCCCAGAGAAACUGCAGUCCCGGUGACCACCUCCUCUUCUACACCCACCUCAUCAUCCUCCUCUUGGUCAGCCCAGCCCACCUGCAAGAGCGACCCUGGCUUCUGGAUCACUGUGGUCACGUGGAACGUGGGCACUGCCAUGCCCCCCGACGAUGUCACGUCCCUUCUCCACCUGGGCAGCACCAGCGGUGACAGUGACAGGGCAGAUAUGAUCGCCAUAGGGUUGCAGGAAGUGAACUCCAUGAUCAACAAGCGGCUCAAGGACGCGCUCUUCACGGACCAGUGGAGCGAGCUCUUCAUGGACGCUCUGGGGCCCUUCAACUUUGUGCUGGUGAGCACCGUGCGGAUGCAGGGCGUCAUCUUGCUGCUGUUCGCCAAGUACUACCAUCUGCCCUUCCUGAGGGACGUGCAGACGGACUGCACGCGCACUGGCCUGGGAGGCUACUGGGGCAACAAGGGUGGAGUGAGUGUGCGUCUGGCUGCCUUUGGGCACAUGCUGUGCUUCCUGAACUGCCACCUGCCGGCCCACAUGGAUAAAGCGGAGCAGCGCAAGGACAACUUCCAGACCAUCCUCAGCCUCCAGCAGUUCCAGGGGCCUGGCGCUCAAGGCAUCCUGGAUCACGACCUCGUGUUCUGGUUUGGAGACCUGAACUUCCGCAUUGAGAGCUAUGACCUGCACUUUGUCAAGCUUGCCAUCGAUAGUGAGCAGCUCCACCAGCUCUGGGAGAAAGACCAGCUCAACAUGGCCAAGAACACCUGGCCCAUCCUGAAGGGCUUCCAGGAGGGGCCCCUCAACUUUGCACCCACCUUCAAGUUUGACGUGGGUACUAACAAAUAUGAUACCAGUGCGAAGAAGCGGAAGCCAGCCUGGACAGACCGCAUCCUGUGGAAGGUCAAGGCUCCAGGUGGAGGCCCCAGCCCCUCAGGAAGGGAGAGCCACCGGCUCCAGGUGACCCAGCACAGCUACCGCAGCCACAUGGAAUAUACCGUCAGUGACCACAAGCCUGUGGCUGCCCAAUUCGUCCUGCACUUUGCUUUCAGAGACGACGUACCUCUGGUACGGCUGGAGGUGGCAGACGAGUGGGUGCGGCCAGAGCAGGCCGUGGUGAGAUACCGCAUAGAGACAGUGUUCGCCCGCAGCUCCUGGGACUGGAUCGGCUUGUACCGGGUGGGUUUCCGUCACUGCAAGGACUACGUGGCUUAUGUCUGGGCCAAACACGAGGAUGUGGAUGGGAGCGCCUACCAGGUGACAUUCAGUGAGGAGUCACUGCCCAAAGGCCAUGGAGACUUCAUUCUAGGUUAUUACAGCCACACCCACAGCAUCCUCAUUGGUGUCACUGAGCCCUUCCAGAUCUCGCUGCCUACCUCGGAGCCGACCAGCAGCAGCACAGACAGCUCGGGCACCAGCUCGGAGGAUGAGGAUGACAGCACCCUGGAGCUGCUGGCACCCAAGUCCCGCAGCCCCAGCCCCGGCAAGUCCAAGCGGCACCGCAGCCGGAGCCCAGGCUUGGCCCGCUUCCCCAGCCUCGCCCUGCGGCCCUCUUCCCGGGAGCGCCGGGGCACCAGCCGAAGCCCCUCGCCCCAGAGCCGCCGCCUGCCCUGGGCGGCCCCCGAAGGGGGCGGCGAUGGUGGCAGCCGGGGCAGCAGUGAGGAGGGGACCCCUGGGCUGCCGGGGGCCUGGGCCUUCCCACCAUCUGUGCCUCAAAGCCUGGGCUUGCUGCCCGCCUUGCGCCUAGAGACUGUAGACCCUGGUGGUGGUGGCUGCUGGGGACCUGAUCGGGAGGCCCUGGCCUCCUCUGGGAGCCUGUCUCCCAGCCCCCAGGGUAGGCAGGGGCUGGAGGAGGGGGGCCUGGGGCCCUGAGGGUGGGGUGGGCGGGCGGGCCCAGGGGGCCCCACUCUGCCCCAGUCUUCUGCAAACCCGCCUGCCUCCCACCUGCCGCUGCUCCAGCUUGAUCUGCACCUGCCACUCUGUUCUGGCCAGGGGUGGUCCCCCACACUCGGUCCUGGCACCUCAACUGUGACAAUCAGCAAAGCCCUAUCCUGGCCCCCAUCUGGAAUGGGGGGUGGAGCAAACCCAGAGGUCAUUGUUUAGGAAUUAAAUUCUCCAGCUUCA